ACUCGCAUUCACCCGCAUUCACCCGCAUUCACUCGCAUUCACACGCAUUCACUCGCAUUCACACGCAUUCACUCGCAUUCACUCGCAUUCAGUCGCAUUCACCUGCAUUCACCCACAUUCACUCGCAUUCACCCGCAUUCAACUGCAUUCACCCGCCUCCACCCGCAUUCACCCGCAUUCACUCGCAUUCACCCGCAUUCACUCGCAUUAACCCUAUCAAGUUUACCAUACAGAUUAUAUUUUCAGUUUUCUUAUUCUUCAAGCCAUCAUGCUUUAAUUACACUAGAAUUAAACUUUGUUCAAUCUUAA